AUGCCCGGCGCUGCGCAAGGGCACUCAACAAUGCUGCAGGGCCUCGGCCCCACGUCGUUCAACUGGCACGGCUCCAUCCCCACCGUUCAGGCGGAUACUCACUUCGAGCCAAACUUCCGCCAGUUCGACUUUUUCCUUGACACACAGGCGAUGCCGGACGAGGCUCUUGCGGAGCGGGUGUACAAGGUGCCGGAGGGGGAGUCCCAUUGGCAUCUUCGCACCUUCUGGGGGCAGAACCUCCGCUGCAUGCCCGUUGCCAUCACGAGUAUAGCCGGGGCUGGCUUCGUCAAUUUUUUUUACACCCGCUUUCUAAAUCGCACUGGAACUUCCAUUCGGUGGUCGUUUUGGAAGUGCUACGCUGCAAUCUUUGCAUGGAACAACUUCACAAAGUUUGUGGCGCGGGAACGUUACUUUCAACGUGAUUUUCAACGGAAUCAACUGUACUCGUUUGACGAGAUGCGGGAUCAGCGUGACAGACAGAGGGUGCGGGAGGCAUUGUAUGAAAAGCAGUUUGUCAAGAACCCAGUUGCGGAGUAUCGUGUGAAGGCCUGGCAGGUAGCAGAGAGGUUUGCGUAG